AUGGAAGAAGAGCAACCUCCGGCCAAGAAACGAAACAUGGGUAGAUCUAGGAAAGGUUGCAUGAAAGGUAAAGGCGGUCCAGAGAACGCCACUUGUACUUUCCGUGGAGUUAGGCAACGUACUUGGGGUAAAUGGGUGGCUGAGAUCCGUGAGCCUAACCGCGGGACUCGUCUCUGGCUCGGUACGUUUAAUACUUCAGUCGAAGCAGCCAAAGCUUACGAUGAAGCCGCUAAGAAACUCUACGGACACGAGGCUAAACUCAACUUGUUGCACCCACAACAACAACAACAGCAACAACAGCAACAACAAGUAGUUAAUAGGAACUUGUCUUUCUCGGGGCACGGGUCGGGUUCUUGGUCUUAUAAGCUCGAUACUGUUCGUGGGUUGGACCUUGGUCUCGGCCCGGUAAGUGGGUCACGAAGUUCUUGGUCAGGGAGAUCGAGUUUUCUACAAGAAGACGAUGAUCAUCAUUAUGAUCGAUGUUUGCCUUCAAGUGAUUCGAAUCUCUGUUGGUUAUUACCUAAACAAAGUGAUUCAAAAGGUCAAGAAAGUGUCGAUGCAGCGAGUGGCGGUGGUGGCUCUUCAUUAACGUUUUCGACCACGUUGAAACCGAGGGUGAAUCCGAAUUAUGGAUUAUCAAAUGGAGCUUGGUCUAGGUUUCUUGUGGGGCAAGAAAAGAAGACGGAGCAUGACGUGUCAUCAUCGUGUGGCUCGUCGGACAAUAAGGAGAGUAUGUUGGUUCAUAGUAGCGGCGUAGAGAGGUUGCAUAAGCCGGAGGUGGAAGAGGGAACAGGGUAUUUGGAAAUGGAUGAUCUUUUGGAGAUUGAUGAUUUGGGUUUGUUGAUUGGCAAAAAUGGUGAUUUCAAGAAUUGGUGUUGUGAGGAGUUUCAACAUCCAUGGAAUUGGUUCUGA